AUGUAUGGGAAACUGAGGGGUGACUUUGAUAGAGUAUCAUGGAGGAAACUGGUGUACAGCAGUGUUGGAGUGCCAAAAUGGAACUUUACAGUCUUCCUAGCUGCACAUAGAAGAUUGCUGACUAAAGACGGGCUGAGGGGUUUGGGCUAUGUGGAGGAUGUAACAUGCUCUCUAUGUAACAGUGAAGAGGAGACAGUGGAUCAUUUGUUCUUUAAAUGGAAGUACUAUAAAGGGAGGAGCAUAACAGCUGAGUUGUAUAAACUUGUACUGGCAGGCAUACUGUAUUACAUAUUGCAAGAGAGGAAUGGCAGGAUCUUCAAAAGAGUGCAACAACCAGAAGUCACUCUAAGGAGAGCAGUAACGCAGGAUGUGCAUGGGCGAGGAGAAAUUAAUGAGGCCAGGAAUGGAGCUAAAACUGGGGCGUAUGUCCAGAUUAAGCUUGAGUACAGUAUGUAA